GGAGCGACCAUGUCCGCCUGGGGGGACCCAAGCGCGGAGCCGCGCUACACUUUCCGCCACCUCCCUCAGAAAACCUUCCCAGCUCUUGAGAGCAGAGACACCCAGGACAGCCUCCUCAAGUGGUCCAUGGGUGGCAGAAUCAUAGCACAAGCAUUCAGCUUUGAUCAGACACUCAAAGACUACCAACGGGAUGAUUUUCUUAUGGCCUUUUUUAAUCACCCAGACGUUAAUAGCAAUUUGAAAUUGCUUUCAGCUUCUGAACAAUGGACUACAUUAGAUAUUAAUGUGAGAAAAGUUGAAGUCAAGAAUGUACUGUGCACGCAAGUUUCCAUGUCAUUUUUUGACCGACUAUACUGUGAAGGGGUUGUUCGAGAAACUGGAAAUAUUGUAAAGUGUUUUGACGAAUACCAUGAUGGGAUGCUCAUUGCAGAUGAGUUAAGAAAGGUACUUCUUCUAGAAGAUUCAGACCACUAUGAUUUAUUCAGCCAUUCGGACCGAGAGGAGUUUCUCUUCUGUCUUUUUAAGCAUCUUUGCCUUGGAGGAGCUCUCUGUCAAUAUGAAGAUGAACUUGGUCCAUACUUGGAAACAACAAAAGCUUUAUAUAAAGAUUUAGUGAGUGUUCAAAGGAAUUCUGAAACUAAGGAAAUAAAUAUAAUCUCUACCAUCUUUAAAGUCUGUGCUUAUGAUGCUCAUGGCCCUUGUUAUCCUUCAUCCAACAGCCAUGAGCAGAAUUUUGUCUAUUUGAUUGUGAAUCCUUUGAAACGACAUAUCUAUGUUUUGUACCAUUCUUUUGGUGGGGUUUUGUUCUGUAAUUGACUGUUCUUGGUUAAUCAAAUAUAUUUGCUUAACAGAGGAACUAUUU